AUGAUCAUCUCGGGCGCGAGUACGGUCUUGGCCUGUCUGAUCAUUUUCGCCUUGAUGAUGAGACAUGCGACGCGGUUCAGCAACCCGACCGAGCAGAUCAGAGUCAUGCGUAUCAGCAGUGUCGUCCCCGUCUACUCCAUCUUCUCCUUCCUCUCGGUCUGCUUUCCCAACGGCUACGUCUACUUCUCGUCCUGGCCGGAUCCGUUUGAGGGUGUUGCAUUGUACAGCUUCUUCUUGCUGCUGUGCGAGUUCAUCGCGCCCAGCGAUGAGCAGAGACUGCAGUUGAUUGCGACUCAGCAAAUCAAACCGUCCAGGUUGCGACGACGACGACGAUCGCCGCCGAUGGAUGGAUUGACCUGGUUCAGGCGGACUUAUUAUGUGGUCGUGCAGUAUCCUGCCGUGGCGCUGAUCACGACCGUGGUCGCCUGUAUCACUCAGGGCGCGGGAAAGUACUGUCUGGAGAGCAAGGAGCCCUAUUUUGCGCACAUUUGGAUUACGAUCAUCAAAAACGUGUCCAUUUCCUUUGCCGUCAUGGCCGUUGUCAAGUUCUACGCGCAGCUAAAGAAAGACAUGGAGGGACACCGGGCCCUGGCGAAACUACUGGCAUUCAAACUGAUUGUCGGCUUGACAUUUGUGGAAAGUAUCCUCUUCACCAUCCUCCGCACAGCCUCCAUCCUCAAGGCAUCGUCGGUCAUGACCUACACGGACAUCACGAUUGGACUACCCACCAUGAUCAUCUGCAUCCAGAUGGUCCCGCUGGCCUGCUUCUUCCACUUUGCCUACAGCGUCACCCCCUACAGUGUGAUGAAGCUGCCUCUAGCCAACGAGCCUCGAUACAAGCCUGUGGACGAGAUCGAGGAGAUCAAGGUGAGACAGAAGUACCAAGGAGGCCCGUUGGGAAUCUACGCGUGGGCGAUGUUCUUCAACCCGGUCGCGAUGGCCCGGGAGUUUGUCUUCCCCUUGACUUUGAUGAGGGCGGCGGCGCGGUCGCCAGAGCAUCAGGUCCUCACACCAAAGCAGCUGGAUGAGCGCCAAUCCCCCGCCGCUGCUCCUCCUCCACCGCUCAACCCGCGCAGCUGCAUCCCUUGCAACCGUCGCAAGGUCCGAUGCGACCGUCACUUUCCCUGCGGUCGCUGUGUCAAGGGCGCCGAGGAAUGCAUCUUUCCCGGGCCCAAGCGCGCCCCGCGUCAGUUGAAGCGUCCCCCGAUUGCUGAGGUCCUCGCCCAGCUGCGUCUCUUGGAGGAAGAAGUCCAGAAACUUCGUUCCCAGCCGUUGCCCCCAACGGCUGAUCCCGGGUCAGCGUCAGGAUCCUCCCCACUCGGCAUCCCCGCCGGACAGGGCCCGGUGGGCCCCAGUCCCCAGGAGGGUCGGCUGGUUGUCAAGGAGGGCCUGCAGUUUGUGAGCGCCGUCGGCGGCAACUGGCGGGAUCACAGCUUGCGCGACACUUUUCUUCAGCCCGCGCGAAUCCAAUCCUUGUGGCGUGUCUACCAGGACAAUGUCGCCCCGCUUAUCGCCGUCUUGCACAGACCCUCUGUCGAUGUCAUGAUCCGUCAGGAAUUGGACAACAUCAAUCCAGAUCCCGCCCGAGAGGCGUUGAUCCUUGCGGUGUGCUUCGCGGCUAUUGUUACUUUGCAGCCGGAGCAGUGUCGGCAGCUGCUGGGUCUGGAUUAUGACCAAGCCAUACAGAGCUACAUUCAUGCAGUCGACCAAGCGUUGGUUCGAGCCAACUUUAUCAAGACGCAGAACAUUUGCGUGCUUCAAGCCGCCGUGGUAUUUUUGUUGACUCUCCGCUACCGCAGCGAUUCCAGACUAGUCUGGGCGGCGUCGGCGGUCGUGGUCCGCGUGGCUCAGGGACAGGGUGUGCAUCGCGAUGGCGAAGUCCUAGGUCUCAGCCCGUUUGACGCGGAGAUGCGACGCAGGCUAUGGUGGAACAUUUGCAUACUUGACAUGAUUUCCUCGGAAGACCAAGGGACCGACACCCAAGUCCAUCCGGGGAUGUUUGACACGCGCCUCCCCUCCAACAUCAACGGGGAGGAUCUAUCCCCAUCCAUGACGGAGCUACCGCCCGAGAAAGUUGGUGCGACUGAUAUCACACUCGCCAUCGUGCAGUGUGAGAUCAUCUCCCAACUAUACUGGCCAAAUGGAUCUCAUGAUCCCAAGAGUCCAUCGAAGGAUAGUCGCGAAAGCCGGGUAAUGAAACUGGCGAGUCGUAUCCAGAACCACUAUCUGGAGCAUUUGAAUCUGGGUGUGCCGAUCGAAUGGGUCUACGCGACGAUUAUCAGACUGACCGUGUCCAAGCUCUGGGUCUCGGUUCACUACAAAGACCUAUGGAACCCAGCAACUGGAACUGAAAGUGAACUGGAAGUGUCGCAACGGGCCUGCGACGAAGCCUUUGCCGUUGCCGUCGAAGCGGUCGAAUUUACAAUUCUCCUCCAAACAAAUGAGACCACAUCACAAUGGUCCUGGUUAUGCAAAAGCUAUAAACAAUGGCACGCAGUGGCAUUCAUCCUAGCCGAGCUAUGCACCCGGCCCAUUACACCGGCAACCAAUCGCGCCUGGGAAAUGGUCAACGAGAUCCAUCGACAAUGGGAAGAGGAUGACUCGCAAACAAGCGUCAUGCUCCGAAAGCCCCUUAGGCGAUUGAUGGAGCGGACGGCCUUUGCUCGGAAGGCUAGGCUAGAGCCUUCUCCUUUGCGGGGGCCCCCGAAUUCGGUCAUUGAUCCUGAUGUACCAGGGAUUGGACCGGAUGUUGUUGUUAACUCGGAUUUGUAUUCGCUUUACUCGUCCGGGUUCGGUGAGUCAGAAUUGUGGAUUAGGGAGCCCUGA